GACUGUGAUCAUGAUGUCAUCCCUGUCGAAAUGUCAAGUUUAGAAAAAUGUGUUACAUGUGGAGGACCUUUUUCUCCUCUGAAAUGGAGUGGUGUGAGAUGUAAAGUUUGCAAUCAGUCCUGGCACAAAAAGUGUUAUAUUAAACACAAUGUGGACGUCACUGAACUUCUGCAAGUGGUCUGUACAGAACAAAGUUCAAGUGAGGUGGCAUCAUCAGAAGAGGAGUAUGUUCCUGAUUCCAUAGAUGAUUCAAACAGCUCGUGGGAUGACAGAUCAGAGCCUUUAGAAAUCAGUCACAAACAAGUACAGAAUUGUGAGGUCUCCACCAGCAAGUCUGCUUCCAAAAAGAAAAGACACCACCAAGGAAGUUUUGUACAGGAAGACAGAGAGUCAAUUUCUAAAGAUGCAGAAUCAGUACCUGAAGAUAUGAUCAGCACAACUCAGCUUGAAGUAUCAAGAGUUACUGCCAAAGUAGGAAACGCUGAUGCCGAAGGCAUUAUGGUUGAUGAUGGUGCUGAUGCUACAGCGGAAAAUGUCUCAAAUACAUCAGCCUUGCUCAGAAAUAGAACUUACUGCUACAUUUGUGGAAAGAUACAGACAAAGUUUACACGUCACUUAAAAACUCAUGAGAAAACACAUGCAGAUGUUGCUCAAGUUUUAAGUCUUCCCAAGAGGUCCAAAAAACGUAUGAAAAUGCUUUUAAAGCUUCGCAACAAGGGAAACCACAGUCAUAACUCAGAGGUCUUGGUGAGUGGAGUUGGAUCACUAAAACUAAGACGCACAUCAAAGAAAAAGUACAAUGCAAAAGACUACAUUCACUGCAUCUACUGCCAGGCAUUAUAUCUCCGGCGAGAUCUGUGGCGACAUGUUCGACAAUGUUCUUCAAAACCAGUAGAAGCUACUUCAGAGACUGGAAGAAAUAAAGUUUUGUCUUUGGCCUCUAUGAAUGAGUCAUCACUGUGUCAGCAGAUAUCACCAGGUGUUUGGAACAUAUUAGCUGUUAUGAAAGAUGAUGAGACAACUUCUACUGUGCGAAGUGACUUCUCCAUUCUUCAGCUGGCCCAAUCAUUCUUCAACAAAUAUGGACAGGAUCCCACCAAACAUCAGUACAUUCGCCAGCAACUCAGAGAGACUGGAAGACUUCUGCUUACGCUUCGCAAGGAAUUCUCAAUACAUACUCUUGAGGAUGCUGUGAGACCUGCAAAUUUUGAUGUGGUCAUCAAAGCGGUCAAGAAAGUAUCUGGGUAUGAUGAAGAAAAGCACUGCUUCCGUACUCCAUCCCUUGCUCUAAAGUUAGGUCACUCACUACAGAAAGUCAGUGAUAUUUUAUAUUGCAGAGCACUCAUGGCAGAAGACAGUACGCUGAUAAAGUCAACCCAGAGUUUCAAAACUCUCUAUUCUACAAAGUGGUCUGAACUCAUCUCUCACACCGCUUUAACUACGCUGAACGAGCGGAAGUUUAACAAGCCUUCCACUCUUCCUUUCACAGAAGAUGUUCAACGUCUUCACAGACAUCUUGAGAAGACUACAGAACAAGCAUUGAAAGACUUGGAACACCAUAGUUCAUCAAAAUCAUACAGUGAACUGUGUAAAGCCACCAUGGCAAACGUAAUACUUUUUAACAGGAGAAGAGGGGGAGAAAUUUCAAAGAUGCCGAUGAAUGGCUUUUUGGAGAGAGACACAAGUCCCUUGCAUAAGGACGUCGCAUUUGGACUGACAGAAUUUGAACUUCACCUUUGUCAACACUUUAGUCGUGUUGAAUUAAGGGGUAAAAGAGGCCGGAAAGUUGCAGUGUUACUUUCACCAGACAUGGUGAAUGCCAUAACACGCCUAGUAGAAAAAAGAAAAGACUGUGGUGUUCUGGACGAAAACCUGUUCCUUUUUGCCAGACCUCAUUGUCUGACCCCCUACAGAGGACAGGACUGUUUGAGGCUUUAUGCCAGUGAAUGUGGGGCCGAAAACCCUGAGCUCCUCAGGUCAACACAAUUACGCAAACAUGUUGCAACUUUGUCUCAGAUCUUGAACCUCAAGAAUCACGAAUUGGACCAAGUUGCUAACUUCCUUGGCCACGAUAUUCGCGUUCAUCGUGAAUAUUACAGACUUCCUGAGGCUACUACCCAGCUGGCCAAAAUAUCCAAACUGCUCCUUGCCAUGGAGAAAGGGUCUCUCAGAAACCUUCAAGGCAAAACACUUGACGAGAUAGAAAUUGAAGACAACCUACAGUUGAGUGAGGUCGAUGCUGAGAGUGAGGUCGAUGCUGAGAGUGAGGUCGAUGCUGAGAGUGAGGUCGAUGCUGAGAGUGAGGUCGAUGCUGAGCGUGAGGUCGAUGCUGAGCGUGAGGUCGAUGCUGAGCGUGAGGUCGAUGCUGAGAGUGAGGUUGAUGAAGGAAAUCUCACAUAUCCACAGACUGGUUGUGCAGAACUGUUGAUGGUCGGGCAACCUGUCGAGGAACCUGCGCCAUUAUCACAAGGUUAACUCUUAUCCUCAGUCUACAUGUCACCUUCUUUGAUUGCUUUUAGGCUAUGAAAUAAUGCAUUGUGGAUUCAGACCUUCUUCACUCGUUUCAAUGUUGUUGUCACGGCAACAGUUCAGGUAAAUGGGAGGCAUGUAAGCUAAAUUUCAAGUGAUGUGAAUGUAGAUUACAGAAGUAGUAGCUUUAACCGAUGACCAGGAAAUUAUUUUCAAUCUAACAAUGAACUUUUUGAAUACAUUACAGUGCAACAAGGAACAUAUAGGCCUGGCUGCUGCUUUUCAGUACGCACGACAGCAACGACAGUGCCUUCAAAAUAAAAGCACUUCUAAUCAUAUCAUUCAUAAUGACAAAUCAACUUGGAAGCAAAUAAUGUUCCAGCCUAAGCGCUUUACAGUGAAUGUAUUUGUUAUUUAUUAUUCAUCCAUCAGUUGCUUGAGCAUCUUGGACUUCACCGUAUUUAAGGACCCUACCCUACAACAAAUAAAUGCUCAUCCAUUGUUAUUUGUCUUUAUUUCUUCAUUUCAGCACAAAGUCAACACACAGAUGCUAAGGGGGAAGAACGCAACAGAAGACUAAAAAAGAAGGACAAAGGGCCCAGCAGAAAAAAGAACACGAAGAAACAUUCUGUAUCUCUGGAAAGUGCCAGGAGAGCAAAAAAGCAUCUUUGGUCUCCCAUGGAGGUUGCCGCAGUCAUGAGACAUUUUGGCCAACACAUCAAAAAAGGGAAACUGGCCACUAUGAUUGAAUGCCAGCAAUGCAAGAAGGCUGAAAAUCUUGCUCUGGCUGGUCGCUCUAUCCAAAACAUAAGAGAUUUUGUAAGGAAUCGGGGCGUAACUUUGAAAAGAAAAGAAAAUCCUGGAUAGAUACAACACCCUGCAGCAGAGCUGGAACAUAUCCAACAUCACAUCCUACAUCACACCCAACAUCACAUCCAACAUCCCAUCCAUGACAUAUAACACCAUACAGCUACAGUACAUCACAUCCAACAUCACAUCUAACACCAUACAGCUACAGUACUUCACAUCCAACAUCACAUCUAACACCAUACAGCUACAGUACUUCACAUCCAACAUCACAUCUAACACCAUACAGCUACAGUGCAUCACAUCCAACAUCACAUCUAACACCACAUCCAACACCAGGCCUGUUGUAACUGGAACACUGUUAGACAUGCAUUGGUCUAGUAGACAUGCAUAAUUUCAUUUUGACAUUUAUAAAUGUUUUCCUUUCUGUUCACAAAUACAUUUCUGUUGCUCUGAUAUGUGGUCAAGGCGCUGUAAAAUCCAGUCUACUUCUUUCUGUUUAGUCAUAUUCCAUUUAUCCAUGUUUGGCCUUUUUAAUACACAUAAACUUCACGUUUGUGUAUGUGUAUGGCUAUGGUCCUGAUAAAAAAGUUGGUCCUGGCAAUUACUGUUUGUGUCAUGGGCGGAGCUAAGUACCUCAUUAUCUUGUGUCCUCUUAAUACAGCAUUCCGUCAGGUUCUUGUAUCUUGAGUUCUGAUGUGUGUAUCUAACUUUUGAAGUGAGAUUUGUGCUGUAUGGCUCAAAUAAAAUUUUUGAAGAUUCA